AUGGAACGCAUGGUCAAUCUUGAUUGUGGUCGCAUUUGGACAGCUGGUGAUAUGAGCAAAUUUGUGGAGGAUUAUCGUACUUCAACAGACGGUUUCAACUAUGCCCUUGAAAAUGAGAAUGAUGUUCAAGGAUUUUCAUGGGAAGAAACUGUUUCGAAAUUAUUCGAAAGUCGGAGGCAAACUGGUUUGCCCAUUUCACGAAAGAGCUGUGAGAUUAUUGCCCAAAGAGGUGCAGUACAAAUCGCUGAAAAUAAAUAUAGGUUCACUCAUGACAAGAGAUUGAAGUUUCGCACUUUCGGUAGAUGUACUGAUAAAAUGCUUUAUGGACUUGCUGAGAGGAUUUCAUUUGAUGUUUUGAACAUAGUUGCAAAAAAUGGGAUUACCAUUCAUUUUAGUAAGUCCGACUACAAUUUAUGGAGGGACCACUUGAAAAAAAUUGAUAAAGGUGGAAAUCUCGUAAAUGUCACAGUUGAUGGUGGUCAUCAUGUGCAUCUUGAAAAUCCUGAAGUUGUGGCCCCUUUAAUAAAUGAUUUCUUUAAAAGGUGA